GAUAUGUAGUAGCACGUCUUGAGUAAUGAGAUUGGCGCGAUGGUCAGCACAUGGAAACAGCCGUCGAGGUGGUUGCCGUUGGUAAAGAUUCAAAGUCUAAACCGAGGCGGCGGGGAGUUCCAUCAGGUGCGGGCGGGGUAGCUCCUCCGAGUCGGCCAUGCCUUUGGCCCUCGAUAGUUCAACACAUAUACAAGACGACCCUCGCCCUCUGCCCCUUGCUUCUCUUCUUCACGUAAACUCCUUUUCCUAUCCUCACAUCCCCCACACACUCCGACACCAUGUCUCCUCCUCCCAGCGGAUGUCCUGUCCACUCCAACUCCAAGCUCGUCAACACUGGCGGCGGUGGCACCAGAAACAAGGACUGGUGGCCCAAUGACUUGAAGCUCAACAUCCUCCGCCAACACACUGGCGUCUCAAACCCCUACAACAACCAAUUCAACUAUGCCGAGGCAUUCAAGAGCCUUGACUAUGAGGGUCUGAAGAAGGACCUCACCACCUUGAUGACUGACUCUCAGGACUGGUGGCCCGCAGAUUUCGGACACUACGGUGGUCUGUUUGUCCGUAUGGCAUGGCACAGCGCCGGUACCUACCGCGUCUUCGAUGGACGUGGUGGUGGUGGUGACGGUCAACAACGUUUCGCUCCCCUCAACUCAUGGCCCGACAACGCCUCCCUCGACAAGGCUCGCCGCCUGUUGUGGCCCAUCAAGCAAAAGUAUGGUGACAAGAUCUCAUGGGCCGACCUCUUCCUCCUCACUGGUAACGUCGCCAUUGAGUCGAUGGGUCUGCCCACUUUCGGUUUCGCUGGUGGCCGUCCCGACACAUUCGAGGCUGAUGAGUCGGUCUACUGGGGUGGUGAAUCAACAUGGCUCGGAAACGAGGUCCGUUACGCCUCUGGCCAGCCCGGUCCCGACAAGCCCGGUGUCAUCGACGGUGACGAGUCCAAGAAGGAGCACACAGACAUUCACUCUCGCGAGUUGGAAGAGCCUCUGGCCGCUGCACACAUGGGUCUGAUCUACGUCAACCCUGAAGGUCCCGACGGUAUCCCCGACCCCGUCGCCUCUGCCAGAGACAUCCGUACCACCUUCGGCCGCAUGGCCAUGAACGACGAAGAGACUGUCGCCCUCAUUGCCGGCGGUCACGCUUUCGGCAAGACCCACGGUGCCGGUCCCACCGAGAACGUCAGCGACGAGCCCAUGGGCGCAACCAUUGAAGAGCAGGGCUUCGGUUGGAACAACAAGUACAAGUCGGGCAAGGGUCCUGACACCAUCACAUCCGGUCUCGAGGUCAUCUGGACCAAGACUCCCGUCAAGUGGAGCAACCACUACCUCGAGUACAUGUUCAAGUACGAGUGGGAGCAGGAGAAGUCCCCCGCUGGUGCUCACCAGUGGGUUGCCAAGGACUCUGAGGCCAUCAUUCCUGAUGCCUACGACCCCAACGUCAAGCACAAGCCUCGCAUGUUGACCUCUGAUCUCGCUCUGAGAUUCGACCCCGCUUACGAGAAGAUCUCCAAGCGCUUUGCUGAGAACCCUGAAGAGCUCGCUGAGGCCUUCCGUCGUGCUUGGUUCAAGCUGCUGCACCGUGACAUGGGUCCUCGUUCCCGCUGGUUGGGCCCUGAGAUCCCCAAGGAGGUCUCCAUCUGGGAAGACCCUCUUCCUGAGCUCGACCACCCCGUCAUUGACGAGCAGGACAUUGCUGCUCUCAAGAAGGAGCUUCUCUCCGCUGUCGACCCUACCCAGCUCAUCACCACUGCAUGGGCUUCAGCAUCUACCUUCCGUGGUGGUGACAAGCGUGGUGGUGCCAACGGUGCUCGUAUCCGCCUCGCCCCCCAGAACAACUGGAAGGCCAACAACCCUGCUCAGCUCAAGUCUGUCCUCGCCUCGCUCGAGAAGGUCCAGGAGAAGUUCAACAGCUCUGCAAAGGGUGGCAAGAAGGUCUCGCUCGCCGAUCUCAUCGUUCUUGGUGGAAGUGCCGCUGUCGAGAAGGCUGCUGGUGUUACCGUUCCCUUCUCUCCCGGUCGUGUCGACGCCACCGAGGAGCAGACCGACGCAAAAACUUUCGACCACCUCGAGCCUGUCGUCGAUGGUUUCCGCAACUACGGCAAGGGCACUCAGCGUGUCCGCACUGAGCAAUUCUUGGUUGACAAGGCUCACCUGUUGACCCUCUCCGCCCCUCAGAUGACUGUCCUUGUUGGUGGUCUCCGUGCCCUCAACGCCAACUACGACGGCUCAGCAUACGGUGUCCUCACCAAGCGUCCCGGUCAGCUCACCAACGACUUCUUCGUCAACCUUCUCGACACCCAGACCGAGUGGCAAAAGGGCGCCGACGAGAUCUACUUCGGUCAAGACCGCAAGACUGGCGAGAAGAAGUGGCAAGCCACCCGUCACGACCUCGUCUUCGGUUCUCACCCCGAGCUUCGUGCCAUUUCCGAGGUCUACGCCGCAUCCAGCGGUCAAGACAGACUUGUCAAGGACUUUGUCGCUGCUUGGGUCAAGGUUAUGGAGUUGGACCGUUUCGACCUUGCCAAGGAGCAGAAGUUGCAGGCUCGCCUUUAGAUGGAAAUGUGAUAUGAUGAUACACAACAAUACCUCAAAGUAAAAUGAAUGCUUAGUCUAUAUGAAUGAAUGUAACGUUAUCUUUUCAAA